AUGGCGCGCUGCGGCGGCGGCGCUGCGCCGAAGGGCCCCGGCCCGGCGGCGGCGGAGCGGCAGCGGCUGAAGGAGGCGCUGGCCGAGCAGCUCCGGCAGGACCUCGGCAGGCUGCUGGCGGAGGGGACGCGCUCCGACGUGACCAUCCGUGUGGGCGACGCGGCGCUGCGGGCGCACCGAGCGGUGCUGCUGGCGCGGGCGCCGCGGCUCUUCGCCGGGCUGGGCGCGGGGCAACCGCCCCGCGGGGUGCUGCGGCUGGACGGCGUGGGGCCCGCGGAGUUCCGGCGCUUCCUGCGGCUUGUAUAUUCAUCUGAUAAAAAUCUUAAAGAAGCUGAAGAGCUGGCUAUGAUGAAAAAAGUAUUGGAACCCAAAUUAAUACAAGAAAAUAACAUUGCUACUCUUCAGAACGCUCAAACAAAUGUAAAUUGUCUUGGAGAUGGCAAAAGAAUGCCUGUUGAUCAGAAUACUCCAAGUGGAGCUGUGCAGAAAGAAGUUGCUUGUUCAUCUUGGAUUGAAGAGGAAAUUCCAGAAGUAGUCGUUGAUGCAGAAAGCAACAAAGCCACUGCAGGUAAUUCCAAACUAGAAACUGCAUCUGUGUUAGGAGAAGACUUAAUGAUGCUCUACAAGAAGUGCUGUUGUCCAGAUAUUAAUAUUUGCAUAGAAGGCAAAGAUUUUCAAGCUCACAGGGCCAUUUUAUGUGCCAGAUCUAGUUACUUUGCUGCUAUGCUGAGUGGAAGUUGGGCUGAAAGCUCCCAAGAGCACAUCACUCUUCAAGGCAUAAGCCAUGUAGAAAUGAAUGUCAUCUUGCAUUUUAUAUAUGGAGGUAUUCUGGACUUCCCAGACAAAGUUGAUGUUGGUCGCAUGUUGGGCAUUGCAGAUAUGUAUGGGCUAGAUGGGCUGAAAGAAGUAGCUAUCUACAUUUUGAAAAGAGAUUACUGCAAUUUUUUCCAAAAGCCUGUUCCUGGAAAACAGCAACCUGUACUAGAAUGCAUGGCUAUUGCUCAUUCAUUGGGAGUGGAAAACCUAUAUGCUGCUUGCAUGAAAUGGGUAGGAAAACAUUUUGCAAAAUGUUUGUCAGAGAGAAGCUUUGCCAGUUUACCUACUGAACUUCAGAACAACUGUCUUGUUAUGUUGAUUAACUCUUUGAACCACAAAAAUGCUGCUUUCCUUUUGAUGGAGAGCGACCGGCUGAUCAACAGUCUUCCCCAAGUGAAAUGGACAGAGACAGCUGUGGCCUUGGCAUCUAGGCUACAAGAAGAAUGCGUAACAUUUAUUGUGGCAAACUUCCUACACGUAGUACAAAGUGAAGGCUUCUCUAUUUUGUUGCAGGCACAGGCAAUGAGCAGCAAACCUGACCUUCUAGAACUAAUUUUUAAUGCAAUUGAAAAAAGUAUUAAUAAUGAAAAUAGCUGCUUUCUUCUUGUAGCUGUGGAUACGUUGCUGGACUCCACAAAUGUGAAGGAGAUGGGUUUUACGUGCAAGAUCCAGGCUCUGCGUGAUAAGCUCUGGGUCUUCCUGGUUCAGUCUUUUUAUGCUGUUCGUCACACAGAAAGCUGGAAGCUGAUGAGGCCAGACCAUCAACAUAAAAUACAAGCAGCUGCAUUUGACAAGGGUGAUGACCGAAGACUUGGCAAAAAACCUGUAUUCACUAGUUCUCAGCUAAACAAAUCUAUUACUGAAUCUGUUGGUAUAAGGAAUACUUCCUGGACAGAACACGGCAAGAAAGACUGCUGGGGAGAUUCAUCCACUAAUCAGGAUAAAAUGAAAUCUGAUGGAUUAGGAGCAUCUGGACAUACAUCCAGCACCAAUAGAAACACUGUUAAUAAGGCUUCAAAGCAUGAGGAUGUAAAGGGGAAAGAUGGCAAAAAACUAGUUUCCAAGAUUACUAAGGAUUCAAAACCUGGGGAAAAAGCUGCUUCACCAAAGGCUAGAGCUGUUAUAAAGACAAAAAUAGAAAAUAAUGGAAAUGUGAAGGCUGAAAGCAUGCUUACCAAGCAAGAUAUAGAAAAGACAUCAUCUGCAAGUGGACAAAAAAAUUCAGGAAGUGGCAAAGGACUAAAGAACCAUGAAGGAAAAAUUGCAGGUGCCAGACCUAAAGUGCUCACAGUAACCUCAAGCAUGCAGAUUAAAACAAAACCAUUGAAAAAAACCACAGGGAAGGAAUCUCCCUCCUUAGUGACUGUGGCUGCAACUUCCAGCAAGUCAGCGAACUCAAACAUAGAUAUCCAGACUGCCAGUGAACAGACAGAGGAACCCAAAGAGGAUAAAUUGGUAGAGGAAGGGAAAAAACAGACUGUGAAAACAAAGCCAUCUGUGAAGACAUCAAAUGGAGUCACCAACAAAAAAAAAAAGACUGAUCUUGAGGCUAAUGUCACAACAAGCAGUCUGACAAAGAAGUCAACUGGAAAAGGGUGUAAUGAACAAAAUGUACAAGCUGUUCUAAAGAAAAAAGGGAAUGUGAGUAGCAAUUCUGCAGCACAGCAAAAGGCUCAAAACACACCUACCAGUUCUCCCAAGAACCAAGGACCAGAAUCGCCAAAUUCACUGAAAUCAGGCAUGUCUCCAAAACAUAACGAAGAAAAAAAUGUGUUACAACAUCUGGUUCAGACAGCACUCCCAGAAAAACAUCCUUCAGCCAAGAAGAAGAAUGUUAAGCAGCCGCAAACACCUGUAGCAAAAGCCACUGCAAAAAUAACACCUAAAACUCUGGCUCCGUCAAAGCAUGCCGAGAUUACGAAUAAUAAAGACCCAAAACCAAAAACAGCUGGGCAAUCAGUAUUAAAAUCUCAGUCCUCUGCCCAAAAACAUUCAAGGAGUGAAUCUCCUGUUCUCCAGAAGAAUGUGCACACCUCUGAGCACAGAAGUUCAGGACAGAAACUUGAAAAAAACAUGGCUGAUGCUGUGGCAGGUCAGCUUCAUGACAAUAAUGAAUGCUAUUCUGCAAAGCAAAGUGAAUCUUUAAAAUCUGUGAUGGAAGGUAGCAGCGAAGAUAAACUGCUGGUGUCCUGUCAACCCAAUAAACAAAAAUUAUCAGAUCCUUCUGAAAAUGUGGAAUACAAAAUACAAUCCAAAUCUUCUCCUCUAAUUACAGAAGAAACUAUUUCUAAACUGCACGUUUCACUGCAAAAUGAAAUGGAAGCAAGACAAAUCUGUGGAGAUCAGACUGGAAUUAAACAGAUUGAAGAUGCAGAGAAAGAUGAUAACACAGCUGAAUUUCACUGUCAUGCAGAGUCUUCCACUGAUGGAUACUCAGACUUUUCCAAGGAAACCAAUCAAAAGGCUACUGCUUCAGGAGAACUGGUGAAACAUUCAAAAGCAACAGAAGUCUGUGCUGAACAAAGUGAUAAAUUAAACUCUGAAACAAGUCUUAACUACAGUGAAAAGGCUUUACCAAGCUUUUCCAGAACAAUAACCAAUAAAGAGGAUGAGACAUCAUGUCCUCAGAUUCAUAUGGAGGGAUUUCUUACAGCUGAUGAACUGUGUUAUGCAUCAGCCUUGACUGAAAACAAAUCAGUUACAGCAGAUUUAGAUGAUGUUUCAGAAUGUUCCACAGAACAAAUAACAGAAAAAUGUUCACCUAGUUACACAGAGCCUAUAGAUCCUACAGAAAUGCCAGAAAACCAUGAAAAUGCAGAAAUUCCCUUCGUGGACCACUGGAGUACUGGUACACUAGAUCCAAAAGAGAGUCCUGAAUCAGAUACUGGCAGUGCAACCACAUCCUCUGAUGAUAUAAAACCAAGAUCAGAAGAUUAUGAUGCUGGAGGCUCUCAGGAUGAUGAAGGAUCCAAUGAAAGAGGGAUUUCUAAAUGUAGCACUAUGUUAUGCCAUGAUUUUCUUGGAAGAAGCAGCAGUGACACAAGUACACCUGAGGAAUUAAAAAUUUAUGACAGCAGCCUAAGAAUAGAAGUGAAAAUGAAAAAAGAGGGUUCUGAUCUCUUCCGUGUUAAUUCAACGAGUGAUGAUGAAAUACCAAGAAAAAGACCUGAAAUUUGGUCCCAUCAAGAAAGUGCAAGGACCAAUACUAGAGAAAGCAAAAGUUCUACUUUUGGUAAUGCACAGUUUACUCAGGAAGCAGACCAAGUUUCUUCUUCUGCUGAUGAAACAGAAGAUGACAGAUCUGAAGCAGAGAAUGUUGCAGAAAACUUUCCUCCAUCAAAUGUUCCUACUCAACAGUUCCAAGGAAUUGAUAAUUUAGCUUUUGAAGAUGCAACAGAAAAUGAUACUGCAAGUCAAGAGUUUUCUAAAACUAAAAAUUUCAAACGAUCUGUUUUACUUUCAGUAGAUGAAUGCGAAGAAUUGGGAUCUGAUGAUAGAGUGGAAACUCAUACUUCAUGUCAGCAUUCAAUAGAUUCUCUUACUCCUUCAGAAGUAUUUGACAGUGUUUCUCAAGAGCACCAUGGAAAGACUUUUUAUUCAAGAUACUCACUGGAAAUUGAAGAUGGAUUCCUGGAUUGCAAACAGCAUAAGGAUAGAGACAAUAGAUCGGAUAAAAGUGAAGGUUCUCUCCUACAUCUUCAUGGCACUGAAACCCCAGGGAAGGAGAAUCAAGGAGCUUCAAUGACUGAGCAGAAUUGCCCAGAGAAAGUAUAUUCAGCAGCUAGUCCGUGUCCAGGAGAAAAACAAAAAGUAAAUAUGAAGAAUGAGAUGGCUAGUGAAUUUCAGCAGUGCAAUAAAUACUUAGACAAUGAUGCAAAAUCUCAAGAAAGACCAUGUCAUUUGGAUCUUCAUCAGAGAGAAACUAAUUCUGAUGUGCAAAAGAGCAGCUCUGCAAAACCUGUAGAAGCCAGUAAGAAUCAGAUACUGACUCAAGAAGGUCAAGUGAGAGACAGUCAACCAGCAACUACUGAAUGCGCUAAUACUGAUUUACUUCCAGGAGACAUAGAUGAUUAUGACACAAUGGCACAAACCUGCAUGUAUGAGCAUCGGCCUUCAAAAACCCUUUCUCCAAUAUAUGAGAUGGAUGUUGGAGAAGCAAUUGAGCAGAGGAUGGAUUCAGAAACAGCAGUUCUCGAUGUGGAUUUUGAAGAUCAACAGUUUGCAGAACAGGACUGGACUCUUCUCAGGCAAUUGUUAUCUGAGCAGGACUCAAAUAUAGGUUUCAAAAACUCUGUUCCUGAAGACCUUAACUUAGCACAAUGUCUUAUCAAUCAGACGCUGUUUCUGGCACGAGAUGGUUCAAAUCCUCAGGGUACAUCACAAGUUGACACAUUCAGUAGGUGGACUGAACUAAUGUCUCCACUUGAUGAUUCUUCAGCAAGCAUUACAGUGGCAAGCUUUUCAUCUGAAGACUGUUCGUCACCUCAAGGGGAAUGGACAAUUCUUGAACUGGAAACCCAUCAUUAAGGUGAUCAACUGUUUGCAACUGAACUCCAACCCAUUCCCCAAAUCUAUUUUUGAUGAGUUGUUUCCAUACCAUAAUGAAAUACUGCAUCAGUCAAGAACAAGCAAUUCUUGAUACUGAGGCAAUCUUUCUGAUAUAAUGAGGUAAAUAUGCUAAUCUAUAAUCUAGAUUUAAUCACAAGUACAAUAAUUUUUCAAGACUUAAAUGUAUGUCUUUUCUAAAAAUGAAC